UUCACUGAACCUGAAUAUCUAGGAUGCUUCAGCACUUCUUCAUUGCCCAAAUAUCAAUAUCAACCUCAGGCUGAGGAGAUAAAUAUCUGUGGCCACCUGUUCCCAGGGUUUCGACGCACAAUGAGGCGCCCUGGGUCCUGGGGACUCUGGCUCUGGGUGGCGAUCCUGCUGCUUCCUGCUUCCGCUUCUGUGACAUUCAGGGACAAGCCAGAAAAACAAUGUCCUAUACUGAGAACAGAGGGACAUCAGUUUACACAGGACAACAGAGAUGAGCUUGAAGUUUCAGGCUUUGACCUAGGAGAGAGCUUUUCUCUGAAACGUGCAUUUUGUGAAGGUGAUAAACCCUGUUUCAAAUUGGGAAGCACACUUCUUAUUAGAGACACUAUUAAGAUCUUUCCCAGAGGCCUUCCUGCAGAGUACAGCAUAACAGCCACAUUUCGUGUACGAAGGAGCACCAAAAAGGACCGGUGGUUUUUGUGGCAGGUGUUAAGCCAGCAGAAUAUGCCACAGGUCUCUGUAGUAGUUGAUGGUGGAAAAAAAGUGGUGGAAUUUACAGUCCGAGCAGCCGAGGGAGAUGUGUUGAACUACAUUUUUAAAAAUCGAGAACUCCGUCCUUUGUUCGAUCGCCAGUGGCAUAAACUCGGCAUCGGUAUACAGGCCCGGGGCAUCUCACUCUAUGUGGAUUGUAAUUUAAUUGCAAGCUGGCAAACUGAUGAAAAGGAUGCUGUGGACUUCCGUGGAUGGACCGUUAUUGCUGCACGAGCUUCAGAUGGCAAGCCCGUGGGUAUUGAACUUCACCAGCUGAAAAUCUACUGUAGCCCAAACGUCAUAGCUCAAGAAACAUGUUGUGGCAUAUCAGAUUCUAAGUGUCCAGAACAGGAUGGCCCGGGUGGCGCCGCGGUGUCGUUAGUUCCCGCUCGUACCAGCAAAGUGUCCACGUACCUGCCGGCAAAGCAGGGACCCCCAGACCAGUGCCGGUGCCCCCCCAGCAAGGGAGAAGCAGGAUUACCAGGAACUCCGGGCUCACCUGGUCAGAAAGGGGAUAAAGGAGAACAGGGUGAAAAUGGUUUACAUGGAGCUCCAGGCUUACCUGGUCAAAAGGGAGAACAAGGUUUUGAAGGCAGCAAAGGAGAAAAUGGCGAAAAGGGUGAAAGAGGAGAAAAAGGAGGCCCUGGACUAGCUGGCAUUAAUGGACAAGAUGGUUUGAAAGGUGACUUGGGUCCUCGUGGUCCACCGGGCCCAAAAGGAGAAAAGGGAGAUACAGGACCUCCAGGACCACCAGCCUUAACUGGAUCCCUGGGGAUACCAGGCCUCCAAGGUCCACCUGGAAAAGAGGGUCAGAGGGGAAGACGAGGAAAAACAGGUCCUCCCGGAAAACCAGGACCCCCAGGACCACCUGGACCUCCUGGGAAACAAGGAGUGCAACAGACUCUUGGUGGAUAUUAUAACAAGGGAAAUGUUGGUGAGCAGGAAGCUGGCAGCCCAAAGGGAGAGAAGGGUGAAACUGGACAACCAGGAUUUCCAGGGCCCAUUGGCCCUAAAGGUCAAAAAGGAGAACCUGGGGAUCCUUUUACCAAAGGAGAAAAGGGAGAUAGAGGAGAAGCUGGGAUAAUAGGAUCACAGGGAAUCAAGGGCGAACCUGGAGAUCCUGGUCCCCCUGGCUUAAUAGGAGGCCCAGGACUAAAGGGUCAGCAAGGACCUGCAGGCUCUGUGGGACCCAGAGGACCACCAGGAGACACUGGAUUGCCAGGAGAACACGGCGUCCCCGGGAAACCAGGUGUUAAAGGAGAAAAGGGAGAUCCAGGUGGGAUGACAGGCCCUCCUGGGCUGCCAGGUGUGAAAGGUGAGGCUGGUCCUCCAGGGAAAAGCCUGCCAGGGAAGCCGGGAUUAGAUGGAAAUCCUGGAGCACCUGGUCCACGUGGGCCAAAGGGCGAAAGAGGACUUGCUGGCGUCCACGGACCCCCUGGUGAGAGAGGCCUCCCAGGGGCAGGAAUGCCUGGCCGAACAGGCCCCCAAGGACCAGCUGGAGCGCCAGGUAUGCAGGGUCCUCGAGGUCUCCCUGGAUUGCCAGGAGCUCCGGGCACUCCGGGGACCGAGGGACCCCCAGGAAGGGAUGGAAAGCCAGGUCUGCCAGGCCCCCCAGGUGACCCGAUUGCACUUCCUCUCUUGGGAGACAUCGGUGUCUUGCUCAAGAACUUCUGUGGCAACUGCCAAGCCAGUGUCCCCGGGCUGAAGAGCAACAAAGGAGAGGAAGGUGGCACUGGCGACCCUGGGAAGCAUGAUUCCAGCGCCGGGAAGGGCGACGCGGGGCCGCGGGGCCCUCCGGGAACCCCAGGCAGAGAGGGACCCAAGGGAAGCAAAGGAGAGCGCGGCUACCCGGGGAUUCCUGGGGACAGAGGCGACGAGGGUCUUCAAGGAAUUCCAGGCACUCCAGGUGCUCCAGGCCCAACUGGACCGCCGGGUCUCUUGGGAAGAACUGGACAUCCUGGUCCCGCGGGAGCAAAGGGUGACAAGGGCAGCGAGGGCCCCCCCGGGAGACCCGGACCACCUGGACUGCCUGGUGUACCAUUCAAUGAAAGAAAUGGAAUGAGCAGUUUGUAUAAAAUCCAGGGAGGUGUGAAUGUUCCCAGCUAUCCAGGGCCGCCUGGACCCCCUGGUCCGAAAGGAGAUUCUGGCCCCGCGGGAGAACCUGGUACAACAGGGUUGCCAGGACUAGAAGGAUUUCCAGGUAUAAAGGGAGAUCGAGGCCCAGCAGGUCCCCCAGGAAUAGCUGGCAUAUCGGGAAGACCAGGAGCCCCAGGGCCGCCCGGAGUGCCAGGGGAACCGGGUGAGAGAGGACCUGUUGGAGAUACAGGUUUCCCUGGACCAGAAGGACCCUCAGGAAAGCCAGGAAUAGAUGGAAAAGAUGGAUUACCAGGUGCUCAGGGCAUCAUGGGUAAGCCUGGAGAUAGAGGUCCCAAAGGAGAACGUGGUGAUCAGGGAAUUCCAGGAGACAGAGGCCCACAAGGCGAACAGGGAAAACCAGGGCUUCCAGGCAUGAAGGGGGACCCAGGUCCCAUGGGGCCACCAGGAAACAAGGGGUCCAUGGGCUCCCCAGGGCACCGAGGCCCUCCCGGCGACCCAGGCACUCCUGGCACCCCGGCCGAUGCGGUUUCAUUUGAAGAAAUAAAGAAGUAUAUUAAUCAAGAGGUUCUAAGGAUUUUUGAAGAGAGGAUGGCUGUGUUCCUAUCCCAGCUCAAGGUGCCAGCAGCCAUGUUGGCCGCUCAAGCUCACGGAAGGCCUGGUCCACCAGGAAAGGAUGGGUUACCUGGGCCACCAGGAGACCCUGGACCUCAAGGCUACCGAGGACAGAAAGGAGAAAGAGGAGAACCUGGGAUUGGGCUUCCAGGGAGUCCGGGGCUGCCUGGGCCUCCAGCUCCGGGCAUGCCAGGCUCACCAGGUGCUGCAGGCCCGCAGGGCCCCCCAGGACCUAGUGGGCGAUGUGACCCAGAAGAUUGCCUCUAUCCUAUGUCUCGUGCCCGUCAGCGGACAGAAGCAGCAGCAGGAGCUACAGGGCAGCAGAGGGAAGCCGUGGGGCCGAACAUGCAACAAGCACGCAGACCAAAGAGUUAACAUGAGAAAGAGCGCUGCAAAGACCAUGUCCUCUGGCAGGCAAUGAAAUACAGUGAUCCUCAAACAAAUUACUAAAAGGUGUUUUUAUUGCCUAGCUAUACCUGAUUUUAAGAAAACUCCUGGUUGAAAACAACUGAUGUUCUAGAACACUGGACUUGAGGAUGUGGCUGAAAUCAAAGUAGUGAAUCCCACAGGUGCUGAGAGGGGGCCUCCUUGCGACUUCCUGGCACAGAAAUCAGGAGCCGCGCAGGUUGCAACCUGGCUGAAACAGGUUAGGAUGAUAGCUUUUAUCUGUUAAUUGAAAAAUGAGUUUAGAAAAGCAUGCCCAACUGCCACUGGAAAAAACCGAGAAGGGAAUUGUGUAGGCAGCGUGCCUAAGUGACGGCAGCUUUGUUCACAUGCACCCAUGAUUUGAACCGGUUUUCAUUAUAGAUAAAUGCACUGCUGGUCAGGUACUGUCUACAUGGCUGCACGUAACAUGCAGCCUUGUAGUUAUUUCAUAUUGAAUUAUGCUGCAUGUUUCAAUUCCAAGUUUAUUUUAUUUUCCAAGGUUCUUUUAUUUAUUUCAAGUGUUGUUAACUUUAAAGUGAUUUUCUUCACUCUUUCCUGUGCAAUACCUACAAUGGUGCUGGGUUUUAGACUUACACAAUUGGAAUAUAUAUAUAUGAAUUUUCUUAGCCAAAUGAUAAUUUAUCCCCCAAACACUGUACAGAGAUCUAAAAUCUGGUGCUAUGUGUAUAUCUUGAUCUUUUAAUAUGUUGAACUUUUUUGAAUUUUUUGAAGUCUUACAAUUCAUCUGCCACUCAUUAACUUACUUGAAUUUGUCAUAAAGUGAACUAUUUUGUUUUUAAAGAUUAUUUUUUCAUAUUAAUUAAUAGGUUUAUCCUCUUGCCUUUUUGAUAAUCCAGAAGUAUUUAUUUUAUCAUUUUAAUGUCUUCAUGAACUUUUUUGCCAGUGGUGAUCAAUGUAUUCUUGGUUUCCUUUGAGUCAAUCCUCUCAUACACAUAAAAAGACUCAAUUUUCUUGUUUUAUAAAUUCUGUUCAUUUUAGUUCCACAGAAUAUGUCAUGCAUCCUUCCUUACAAAUUGUAUAUUUAGGAACCCUUCUUUUUCUAAGUUCCAUUAAUGUUGGACUGGUUUAUUCCUGUUUCAAGAAUUUGGAUUUAUUCAGGUGAUUUCAGAAGGGGAGGAAUAUAAUGCAUAUUGCAGUGAUUCAAGCUCAUUUUUUUAUAACUGGAACACAUGACUAAGUCUACCUUUGGCAUAACUAGAGAAACAGGCCUGUGUCCGCCUGGAAUGAGGCUCUCUCACCUGCUGGAUUAUUCCCCUUGCAAUGCUCCUUGCCCCAUCUCUGUACAUGGGAUGUGCAACAAAGAGCAGCCAGAAAGCUGGGCCCAGCUAAUGCUACACCAGGUAAAGGGAAGACUUCACAGCAGCCUAAUUCCUUGAACAAAAAGGGAGUGGAUACGGCCCCAAAGUAGGGUGAGAAAUUUUUCCCUGAGCACCUUGCUUGCCGACUCUCUCGUAUCAUUUUAUUCCAUUCCAAGCCACUGUUUACUUUCACACCAAUGUCAGUCAUGCCCACAGCAGGGAAGAAUAAUUAUCAAAUUUCCUGAAUUAUCUCUUGUUUAGACUCCAGACCACGAAAGUGUUUAAAUUGCAAAAUAAUUGCAGGCCAUGCUGACAAUUAAUAAUGAAAAGUGUGUUUGCCCUAUGUAAGUAUGUUUGAAUUCCAGUCUAACAUUUUCUACCAAUAUCAAUUAACACUUUCAGAUAGAAGUGUUUCUAUGCAAAGAACAAGAUGUGACUUCAAUUAAUAGUUAUGGUUUUAGGGAUCUGAAGGAAAAAGGAAGAAUUAUUUGUGAGUUUGUUCAUUGUUCUUUCCUACUGAAGAUGUUAACCUUUUUUCCUAACUAUUUCAGAAACACAGCCAGUCUUAAUGAUGAGUUUUUCACCUUGUGGCCAAAGUGAUUUAGUUAAUGACUCUAAAGUAAUCCCUUAACCUCAUUUCUAUUCUUCUUGACAUUGUUGAAAUUUAAAAAUUUUAGUCACUUAUAUUUAGAGCUUAAAUAACUUUCUAAGGUACUGUAAAAUAUGUUAUCUGUUGAAGAUACCAUAUGAUGCUUGGAUUGUAAAAUAUUUUGUUGUGACUGUGUUUUAGGAUUUAGGUAGGUUUUGGCUUCCCUGCAGCCGUUCUCACGUUGAGAACCCGAUAUACCUCCUUUUGUCCACGGGAUGGCGCUUAAAGCCAGCUGAUCAAAAUAACAGAUUUGCCGAGAUGUGAGGCUAGAGACAAUUUAGUGGACAAUAAUUAAAUCAGACCUUUGCCUUUGCACUUUUUUUUAUUUUUUACUUUGGUAAAUACUUUCUUGUUAAGUCAUGUUAUAUUCAUUUGUUUUGUUAAUUUGUUUUUCCUCAUUUUAAGUAUCUUUAUGAAGCAGUUACAAUAACCAUUAACUCAUUGGCUGUUUCAGUUUUAUUUCUUCAGUGAAUUCAGAUACUUAAUUGACUUGCAAGCUUACUAUUUGUAACUUUAGUUUGUAUAUGACCCUCAUAGUUUAGUGAUUAACUUGAAAACACCUAAAUAAUCACUCGACCUUUUAGACAAGAUACUCUAUUGACAGUAAGAAGGAUCUAGCUUGUCCCAAGAAGCAGGCUAUUUAUAAAAUUAUGCAAUGUCUAAAUCUCCAUAUUGUUCAAAGCACUUAAAGUUUUACAAUUAGAUUUGUAUAAUGUUCCUAUUUUUCUAGAAAUAUAUCACUAUGUACAAAAAUUAGAUAAGGAACACCUUUUUUCAAAAUGCUAUUUUAAUUUUCCUGACAUUGGUAACAAUAUCCUGAGACAGAAUUUUUAGAAUAAGUUACAUGCUAAAUUUUUCUGAGUGAUUUCUCAAGACAGUUUUGUAAAUUUGUUCAUUGAUCUUGUUCUUACAUUAUUUUUCACAUUUGUGCUCAUCUACUUAAGACGCACAGGUACAUAUUGCCAUGUCUCCCGAGGCCCGUUUCUAUAGAGAAUGUGCCCGCCUUUCAUACCCUUUCCUCUCACAGAGAUGACACAGGCUUCUAGGAAGGGCAGGAGGUGCCGAAAAGAACUGAAUCUGUAUCUUUUCCCCUGGGCUCGUCAAAGUGACUUAGCCCAUCGAACUGUAUUCGUGUAUUAGCUGUCUGCUAAGGCAGCAUGGGUAACAUAAAAUUUGCUUAACCACUAAGAGCCUCAGGAAACAAGAUAUAUGGACGUCUUCUGUUUUGUUGUGUGGCAUAGCUAGAGCUAUAACCCACAUUUUACUCAACAAAAUCAUGCCAGGCUAACCAGUAAGUUCAGCUAAAUGGAAUGAAGAGCCAAGGCGAACACAGAGGAAACGCACCAGACAAGCAGACCCAGAGCAGCGAAAAUGUACCUCAACAGUAAGGCAGCCUUAUAAAACCAAAACUAAGUUUAAGAAAGUCUAACUGGAAAAAAAUGUCAUGUUCAGGUCCAAUGAAGAGUGAUCUCAUGGAGUCAGCUACUUGCUUCAUGAAUUUGUCAGAAGUGAAUAUGAAUAAAGAAGGAGACUUCACUCAACUUAGCGGGUAACUUAGUAAAAUUUACCAGAAGGGUGUGUGUUGCUUGACUGUAAUAAGCUUAUGGGUGUAAAGAUGCUAAUUAAUUUGCAACAAUUUAUAAUAUUUGCAAUUUACAAAUUCUGCUGUAUUAUGUAUAGUAUAUUUUAGGGAUAAACAUUUUUCAGUGUCUUAACGUACUUAAAUUCAGAUUGUUUUAUGGCAUAUUUUGUAACUAUUUAUUUUUAAAAUAACCUUGAGGAUGUAUUUUCCCUCAUUUUGUUUGUUCUCUCUUACCUCAUCACACUGAUUUAAGAUUUAAUUCAAGAUACUCAUGUUAAGUGGAGUGGCACUAGUUUUAUUCCAAGUCCCAUGUGGAUAUAAUGCUUUUUGAGGCCUUGGUUCCUAAAUGUUCAUGAUACAUAAUGAGCUUGUCACUUAUCUCAGCAGUAAAAGAUCUGACCCUGGAUCAGGGUAUUCCGAGGUGCAGUUAUUAACACCAUACCUACUGUUCACCACUUCUUGUGGCUGGAGUUCCACACUUAGCUACGUUCUAGUAGGGCUCAGCCACAGAGAUGCUCCAAGGGCAGUCACAGGCCGGGCGUGGGUCACCAGAUGUCCAAGGAACCCGGAACUUGGUCUCUUACAGAGUUCAUGUUUGUACCAUGCUGGUAAUUAUACUUUCGUUUGUCCCGUGGAUCAGUGCUUAGCCCAUAAUAAUUAAAUUUACAUCCCAUCUCCCUGGCAGCUCAUAAUAAGCCUUGUCUCAUGAUUUCAGGUAGAAUUAUAAGUAGGCUGUACUCUGUGACUUUUGUCCCACAGAAUGAUCUCACUAAAAUCAUUGGAGACUCAUUGGGGUAGAAAGGCCUGUACAAGAUGAAGAAAUAAUCACAAUUCACUUGUCUCAUAAAUAUAAGCUCUUAAAUCACAAGUGAUAAGACCAUAGGCAGUAAGUUAAAUAGAUAGCAUGUUUCCUUAACAGAAAUUCAUUACAUCAAAACAUGCUGGCAGAUUUAUAUGGUCGCUUACACUGGGAAGGGAUUAACACAGUUUGUAACUAUUUUCAAUUUCAGGUCCCUUUUUGAUAUGGCGAAUUACCCAAGUGUUCUCUAAGGAAUAUUUUUAGGUCUUUUGCCACACAGAUUUUUCAACUUGGAGGCCAAAGCCAAAUUCAAAUAAAUCUUAGAAAGUUCAUUUCUUAGAGCCAGUCAUUUGACCUCUCUCUAGUUACUUUUAAAAAACUUGAAGUCAAGAGCAAGAUGUGAAGGUACGUUAAGGAGAAAGUUAGUAUAGAUUACCAUUUACUAGGACUAAAAAUAGUCAGCAUCCUCUUUCUGAUGACCAGAUGGAGCAGACAUGUCACACUCCUUCUGGUCAAUCGUUGAAGAGCAGUUGAGCUUGUGCAUGUUCAGUCCUGCCUUUAGUUGAACCAAUUUUGAUGUAGUGGUUGCUGAGCUGUGUGCCCUUAGUACUGCCAUGUCCUUAUCACAAACUCACUAAAGAAGACUAAGUGCACAACUGAAAAGUAUUUAUUCUAUUCUGUGAAAGACUUGCCUUAUAUUUAUUGAACACAAAUAUUAUUUUUUAAUAUAUAUAUAUUUAAAAUCACUUCACGUCCUGUGCAAAAUUUGUAAUCAGCAGAACUGCUUGUUUGCUAGUAUUUUUUUUUUUGUCAGCAGGACUACUCAGAGAUGUUUAAAAGUAAUUUUCCUGAUAAUUGGUAUGAUUUUUAUAUACUUCUAGUGCUCCUCCCCCUAUACUGGCUUAUUCUUAAACUCAGAGGUAUUUUACAUCGGAGACAUUGUAAUAGCCAAAAUAUUAAAUAAUACAAUCAGAGAUGAUCUUCUAAAGCAGGGAUUUACAUGAAGCUUACUUCCAUGUGCAAAUACAUCAGAUUUUACUCAUGACGUUUAAGAAUAGCAGCACUUGUGUGCGAGCUUGAACUUUCAAGUGCCCCUAAAACCCCGAAUCAAUCCCACAACGGCUCUGACUACUCAUUCAUACUCCUCUCCUGACGGGCGCCACUGCGCCCAAGCCAUGCCAGUGAGUGUGCUCAGUCAGACUGGGAGGUGAUUGCCAUAGUUCUUAACCAAGCUGUCAGAGAUUUGGGAUGAAAAUCAUGUCAUAAGGCCAUAGAAGCACUGACUAGAAAUAAGUCAGAAAUCACUGGCCCUUGCAUGACAUGCCUGUGUCUGACCAAUUUUAAUUACUCACCUGUUCAUCUCUCAGCGAGGGCUCUGGGUGACAUUCCACCCAACUUUUAAAAAUAUCUCAAGGAGGUUUUGGAGAUUUCCAUUUCACUCGAGAGAGAGAUUGAGUCUAAUUCAAUAUGUAUCAACCUUGAUACAUAUUCAGUUAUCAGCUCUGAUACAUUUUUGCUGGACGCUUUUCUUUGCAGUUUCUAAGUCAGGCGUUUUCUGCUUCUGGAAACGAUUUCACUUAACGGAGUUCUUAAUGGAUCGUUCCCACCUUUUGGAAUGUGCUUGUUUGGCAUCAUCUAUUUGUAAGUGGUUGUUUCCACUAUUGCUUAUGGUAUCCGUGGAGCUUGUACAGCUUUUUAUAUAUCAAGUUUGUAAAACAGUUGAAUGAGCUGUUCUUUAAAAAAAUUUUUUUAAUUUUCUUAUGAAUGCAAUAUUGUAUAACUAAGAAACAUGUUUAUUUGGUUAUCUAAUUUUUCCUUUGUUGUAUUUGAUUAUGUCACUCCCCGUUAAAGUAAAACCACCUUGGUGAAACAAC